CUCCUACUUCUCACACCUUCACUCAGCUCUGAAUAUUCCUGAACCAUCUCUCUCUCUCUCUCUCACACACUCUUCUUCUUCCUCUCAAUCUACAUGCGUGUCUCCUUUCUUUCUUCUCUACUGACUAUCUCUUCAAUCCCUUCUUCAGCUUAUAUGAGGUGAUUUCUGUAGCGACCUCUUACUUUGUCUUGUUUUGUACUGUGUUAGCAUCUCUCGCCAUUGACAGUUUCCUUCAGCUUUGCUUCCGUCGCCGGUUUUCUGCAUGGGACUCCGGCUGAACCCACAAGCUCCGACGCCGUCUUCGGCGGCGACCCUUUAUGGAUAGAUGCAAGAAAACGAAGGCAACACCUACCAUCAUGGUUCGAGUACCACUAGCUCGACUCCCGACGGGAGCCCCGUUCUGACGUUGAAUCUCAGAGAGCGUGAAGAGCCUAUUUUCUACGCUAAUUUGGACUCGCUUUGCCCAAUGGCUUCCACGACUUCCACAUCCACCGAGCCGCUUCCUUCCAUCGACGAUAUUGCCGUCAAGGCGGUGAACAAGCGGUACGAAGGACUGGUCACAGUGCGAACCAAAGCCAUAAAGGGCAAAGGAGCUUGGUACUGGGCGCAUUUGGAACCCGUUCUGAUUCGGAACCCCGACACAGGAGUUCCAAAAUCCGUGAAGCUGAAAUGCUCCUUGUGUGACUCUGUGUUCUCGGCCUCGAACCCAUCGAGAACUGCUUCGGAGCACUUGAAGAGGGGUACGUGCCCCAAUUUCAGCUCUGGUUUGAGACCCAAUUCAUCGCUCUCGCCGAUGCCGAUAUCUUCGGUGGCUUUGCCUACUUCGAACAAUCACAAGAAGAGAAGCUCUCCUCAAACGGCUCCGACUUCUCCUCCUCCUUCAAGUUAUCAAAAUCAUUCCUUGGCAAUGGUCGAGUCCUCUCGGUUUUACGGCGAAUUGAGUUAUUCACAGGUGCAGAACUCCGUUGGGAUGAAUCAGCAGCAUUUGGUGCUUUCCGGUGGGAAGGAGGAUUUGAGUGCAUUGGCUAUGUUUGAAGAUAGUGUGAAAAAGCUCAAGAGUCCUAAGGCCUCACCAGGUCCUGUUUUAAGCAAGGAACAGAUUAACUCUGCUAUGGAGUUGCUCGCGGAUUGGUUCUACCAAUCAUGUGGGUCUGUGUCGUUCUCAGCUCUCGAGCAGACCAAAUUUCAAGCCUUCCUCAGCCAGGUGGGUUUGCCGACAACAACUCUGCGACGUGAAAUCUCGGGUUCUCGACUUGAUGCUAGGUUUAAUGAGGUCAAAGCUGAGUCAGAAGCCAAAAUAAGAGAUGCUAUGUUUUUUCAGUUAUCUAGCGAUGGUUGGAAGAACGAUAACUGGUACAGCUUGUGUUGUGGGGGAGAGAAUUUGGUGAAGUUUACUGUUAAUCUUCCAAAUGGGACUAGUGUAUUCCAAAAAGCAGUGUUUACUGGGGGAGUCACGUCCCCCAAGUAUGCGGAGGAGCUUUUAUGGGAAACAGUUGCAGGUGUAAGUGGAAAUGUUGUGCAGAGAUGUGUGGGAAUUGUAGCAGACAAAUAUAAGGCGAAAGCGUUGAGGAACUUGGAGUUUCAGAAUCACUGGAUGGUAAAUAUUUAUUGUCAGCUUCAGGGGUUCAUUAGUUUAAUCAAGGAUUUUAACAAAGAGCUCCCACUUUUCAGGGUUGUGACUGAGAAUUGCCUAAAAGUUGCAAAUUAUAUAAACAAUGAAUCUCAGGUUAGGAACAUUUUUCUCAAGUACCGGAUACAGGAGCUUGAAUUCACUGGGUUGCUUCGAAUUCCUUCGCCCAAGUGUGAUUAUUUGAAUAACUUUGCAUCUGUCUUUCCAAUGUUGGAGGACAUAUUGGGCUGUGCUAGAGUGAUCCAAAUGGUUAUGUUGGAAGACUCGUUUAAGGUAACAUGCAUGGAGGAUCCACAAGCGAGGGAAGUUGCUGCAAUUGUUCAGAGUGAGGGAUUCUGGAAUGAUUUGGAGGCAGUUUAUUCUCUUGUAAAGCUUAUCAAAGCAAUAGUUCAAGAUAUUGAGGCUGAGAGACCACUGAUUGGUCGAUGUCUGCCUCUCUGGGAGGAAACAAGGACCAAAGUGAAGGAGUGGUGUGCAAAAUACAAUGUUGUGGAAGGACCUGUGGAGAAAAUACUUGAAAAACGAUUCAGAAAGAAUUACCACCCUGCUUGGUCAGCUGCAUUUAUACUCGACCCACUUUACUUGAUCAAAGACACAAGUGGGAAAUACCUUCCUCCAUUCAAAUGCUUGACGCGUGAACAAGAAAAAGAUGUAGAUAAGUUAUUGACAAGGCUAGCUUCACGAGAAGAUGCUCAUGUUGUGUUGAUGGAGCUCAUGAAAUGGAGGUCAGAAGGGCUCGACCCCCUUUAUGCGCAGGCAGUUCAAAUGAAACAAAAGGACCCUGUGACUGGGAAGAUGAAAGUAGCAAACCCACCGAGCAGCAGACUUGUGUGGGAAACUUGCCUAAGUGAGUUAAAGUCUCUGGGGAAGAUUGCCGUAAGGCUUAUUGUUCUGCAUGCAACCUCAUGUGCCUUUAAGAGUAAGUGGUCUUUCAUGAGAAAAGUUACUGCAAAUAAGCACUCCAGAGUCGGAUUGGAGAGAGUUCAGAAGAUGAUAUACAUUGCUGCUCAUGCCAAGCUUGAAAAGAGAGACAUUUCUAGUGAUGAAGAAAAGGAUGCAGAACUGUUUGCCAUGUCGGGUAGUGAGGAUGGAAUGCUGGCUGAGGUCUUUGCUGAGGCACCCUUAGUAGUUGGGAUGGCUUGAAUGAGUUGGGUCGGUGGCUAACCAGACUUGGUGAUGACAUGGGUCAACCUUGGAAGAACAAGAGAGAGAAUCUCUAUAGCCAAAGAAGCAGUUCUGGUAGAUAUCACCUGGCAAACCUCUCGUGUUCGUUUAUGAAAUUGGAGGGGCCCGCCACGGGGAGCGGGGGCCCAUCUUAGUGUCGUGGUCAAAGAAAAGUGAGGUAUGAGUGGCUUUCCUUCACAUCAAUCCAUCCACCCCCUUUCUCUGUUAUAUGUGUGUGUCUGUGUUAAUUGGUUUUUUUCGCUUAGCCCACAACCUUUGGUAACUUUGGUUUCAAACAUAAAAUUUUGUGAUAAUUCACUAGUCAUUGGGGCCUUAUGCAAACUAUUGUCUAUCUAAUUGUUGAAAAUUGGAGGUUUGCUGAAUGAACCGUUUGAGUUGUCAUGAUUACUAAUAAAAGUCUUGAUGAAAGUGGAAGCAAGGAGGGUUGUCGGCGUGAGAAGAUACAUGAUCUGGUUGAAAGGGUAUAUUGUAACGUCAUGGAGCUGUUUUUGCUUGUAAAUUGAAGUGAUUAUUCUUAACCAUGUCCAUGAACAACUGGUUUGAGUUCUAAAUUCUGGCGCUGUUAAUUGUCUCUUUUUGCCUCUUCCUAUCAUACAUUUUUUUUAAGGUUUUUUUUUUUUUUUUUUUUGCUG